AUGGGUAUCUCUCGCGAUUCUCGUCACAAGCGCGCCGCUACCGGUGCUAAGAGAGCAUACUACCGCAAGAAGAGGGCUUUCGAGAAGGGCCGCCAGCCCGCCAACACCCGUAUCGGUGCCAAGCGUAUCCACCUUAUCCGCACCCGUGGUGGCAACCGCAAGUUCCGUGCCCUCCGUCUCGACUCGGGCAACUUCUCCUGGGCCUCUGAGGGCGUUGCCCGCAAGACCCGCGUCAUCGUCGUCGCCUACCACCCGUCGAACAACGAACUUGUCCGCACCAACACCCUGACCAAGUCCGCCGUCGUCCAGAUCGACGCUGCUCCUUUCAGGCAGUGGUACGAGGCCCACUACGGCACCGCUCUCGGCCGCAGGAGGCAGGCCAAGACCGAGACCGAGGAGAAGAAGUCCAAGAGCGUUGAGAAGAAGCAGGCCGAGCGCGUCAAGGCUUCCGGCAAGGUCGAGAACGCCCUCGAGAGGCAGUUCGAGGCUGGUCGCCUGUACGCCGUCGUCUCCUCCAGGCCCGGCCAGAGCGGCCGCGUUGACGGCUACAUCCUUGAGGGUGAGGAGCUUGCCUUCUACCAGCGUGCCAUCAGGAAGUAG